AAAAUAUGGUUUCUUUUCAGUACCAAGAUAAAGAAGAAGUUGUUUUAUGGAUGAAUACAGUAGGACCAUAUCACAAUCGCCAGGAAACUUACAAAUACUUCUCUCUCCCUUUUUGUGGUGGAUCUAAAAAAAGCAUUGAUCACUACCAUGAAACUCUUGGGGAAGCACUUCAAGGAGUUGAACUAGAAUUCAGCGGUUUGGAUAUUAAAUUUAAAGAUGAUGUGAUGCAGACCACCUACUGUGAAAUAGAUUUAGAUAAACAAACAAGAGAUGCAUUUGUUUAUGCUAUCAAAAAUCACUAUUGGUAUCAGAUGUACAUUGAUGACUUGCCAAUAUGGGGUAUUGUUGGUGAAGCAGAUGAAAAUGGUGAAGAUUUUUAUCUCUGGACAUAUAAAAAGCUUGAAAUAGGUUAUAAUGGAAAUAGGAUUGUGGAUGUGAAUCUGACAAGCGAAGGGAAAGUUAAAUUGGUACCCAACACUAAAAUCCAGAUGUCUUAUUCUGUGAAAUGGAAAAAGUCAGAUGUGAAGUUUGAAGAUAGAUUUGACAAAUAUCUUGACCCAUCUUUCUUUCAACACAGGAUUCAUUGGUUUUCAAUCUUCAACUCCUUUAUGAUGGUUAUUUUCCUGGUGGGCUUAGUUUCUAUGAUUUUAAUGAGGACUCUGAGGAAAGAUUAUGCACGAUAUAGUAAAGAAGAAGAAAUGGAUGAUAUGGAUAGAGAUCUAGGAGAUGAAUAUGGUUGGAAACAAGUUCAUGGCGAUGUUUUCAGGCCAUCUAGUCAUCCUUUAAUAUUUUCAUCCCUUAUUGGUUCUGGCUGCCAAAUCUUUGCAGUUUCUUUCAUAGUAAUCAUUGUUGCCAUGCUGGAAGAUUUAUAUACAGAGAGGGGAUCAAUGUUAAGUACUGCUAUUUUUGUUUAUGCUGCAACAUCACCAGUGAACGGCUACUUUGGAGGAAGCCUUUAUGCCAGGCAAGGAGGAAGAAGAUGGAUAAAGCAAAUGUUCAUUGGAGCAUUCCUUAUUCCUGCAAUGGUGUGUGGCACAGCCUUCUUCAUUAAUUUUAUUGCCAUUUAUUAUCAUGCAUCAAGAGCUAUUCCUUUUGGGACAAUGGUAGCUGUUUGUUGCAUCUGCUUUUUUGUUAUUCUUCCUUUAAAUCUUGUUGGAACAAUACUUGGACGAAAUCUUUCCGGUCAGCCCAACUUUCCUUGCCGAGUAAAUGCUGUUCCUCGUCCAAUCCCAGAAAAAAAAUGGUUUAUGGAACCAGCUGUUAUUGUUUGCCUUGGUGGUAUUCUCCCUUUUGGAUCAAUUUUCAUUGAAAUGUAUUUUAUUUUCACCUCCUUCUGGGCUUACAAAAUCUAUUACGUCUAUGGCUUCAUGAUGUUAGUUUUGGUCAUCCUUUGCAUUGUAACUGUUUGUGUGACAAUUGUGUGUACAUACUUUUUAUUGAAUGCAGAGGACUAUCGGUGGCAAUGGACGAGUUUUCUUUCUGCUGCUUCAACUGCAAUCUAUGUUUAUAUGUAUUCCUUUUAUUAUUACUUUUUCAAGACAAAGAUGUAUGGUUUGUUUCAGACAUCUUUUUACUUUGGCUAUAUGGCAGUAUUUAGCACAGCCCUAGGAAUAAUGUGUGGAGCAAUUGGCUAUAUGGGAACAAGUGCCUUUGUUCGAAAAAUCUACACGAAUGUGAAAAUUGACUAAAAGAACUGAAAACCGGAACAGUUAACAUUUUAGUGUGUGGGGUGGGAAAAGAGUAUAUAACUUGCACACCAAAAGCGCAGGAAAAUUUUUGUGUGUGGCACUGGGCACUCUGUGGGUCUCUCUCUUGUGGAUCAUUUAAAGCAACAUCUGUUUUUAUUGAUCCUAGGUUCUUACUGACUUUUUCCAAAUGUUCUCAGCAAAUGUGUGGAUUAUAUUCAGUAGGCAUUUCCACAGUACAUGCUUAUCUUCCCAAAAUUAGCUCAUAAAGAUGAAUAGUCUAGCUCUCUUCAGUGAAGAGGACAAACUGUAUUUAACUAUUUGUUCCAUUCAGUUCUAAAGGAAGAUGGUUCUUAGAAGUUUCUAGUAAGUUAUUGGUACAAAAAAUAACUCUUCUGGAAAGAUUUCUUCCCUUCAACUUUAGUGUUAUUUGAUAGGGCGAAGAAACACGGGUGCUACCCUAAUAAUUUGCAAUGUUACCUAUUAUAAAAUAUACAUGCAUUUGUUUUGUUUUUUUAAGUCAAAUAUUUGCAUGCAUUCUCAUUUUAAUAGGACCAAGUUUCCAUUUGUUCAUUACAAAAAGUAUAUUGAACUACGGUAUAUCUAAAACCCAUCCAAAGAAAUGUAACAAAUAAUAAAGGAGUUUUCUGCAGUACAAUUUUUAUAUGUCAGGAAGCAAACUAUAUGAAGAUGAAGCAUUCAACACAUGGAGGUCUAGAUUUAAAAACAAAAUGAAUGUCUACAGUGAUUUCCUUCCUUCCUUCCUUCCUUCCUUCCUUCCUUCCUUCCUUCCUUCCUUCCUUCCUUCCUUCCUUCCUUCCUUCCUUCCUUCUUUCUUUUCAUCAGCCCACCCCCAGUUUGGAAUGUUUACUUGAUGAUUUAAAAGGGUAACAAGUGUAUGAAACAUUAAAUGAUGUAACUUAGAUGUAGCUCCCAAGUGUAUUUGGAUGUACAGAUUUACUAAAGAAUACUUUUUUCUGAUGAUUCAGUAUAUAAAUAUGUGAAUUUAGGUGGCUUUUUACAUCUUGCCUGCUCUUGCAUGAAAUGUUGGGGAUUUCCUUGCAGUACAUAUUUCAUGUUUUCUCUUUACCUAAGCUC